ACAGUCACAUACACACACACACACGUACACACACACGCGCGCGCGGCUGAGCCCAAAAAAAGCACACUCCUCAACUCCACCGGUGGGGGGGACACAGAUACCAGAUGAGAUUUGUUUCCAAACGCGCACCGAUGGCGGUGUGAGGCGUUUGGCUGAGAAGUACGCACGGCGUUGUGGAUUUGUGAAAACCCUUUUUUUUUGUGGUGCAUCUCCUUCCUGUGUGGAUCCUGGUGACGGGGAAAUAAAACAAAAGCUAUGGAUUACUCAGUCUGCCUACUUUUACUCCUGUCAACCGUGUCGUCUGUGUCGACCGGACAAUUCCCAACAGCGCAGAUGAUAAAGGAAUGGGUGGACCAGAUGCAAAAAGAGUUGAUCACAUUAACAGACACAGCCAGUGGAAUUGACAACCUAAUAACGGUAUAUCGUCAACACAGACCUCACUUCAGCGUGGAAACCAACAAUGCACGGGAACUGGUGGCGACGGCUGCUGGGAAUAUAGAGAAACUGCUGGCUAACCGCUCCCAAGCCCUGAAGAGGCUGGCAACAGAGGCAGAAAAGUUUCAGAUGGACCACGAGUGGAGGGACGACAGCGAGCCCGACAAAAUUGUUUACUACAAUGCCAAAGAUGACCUUAAUAUGACAGAUGAAGGAAAGAGUCGGAAGAACAGAUAUCUUCCAGAUGAUUUCGAGAUAGACCCCGACUUCAAGCGCCUCGUCUCGUACAACACCACCGCCGUCCACAUCCCUACAGAUAUAUACGAAGGCUCCACCAUCAUUCUGAAUGAGCUAAAUUGGACUGAGGCCUUGGAGGAUGUUUUCCGGAAAAACAAAGAGGAAGAUCCGUCACUCCUCUGGCAGGUGUUUGGCUCAGCCACCGGAUUGGCUCGGUACUACCCAGCAUCCCCUUGGAUCGACUCAAGCAAUUCAGCCAGUAAGAUCGACCUCUACGAUGUGCGGAGGCGACCGUGGUACAUUCAGGGGGCAGCGUCACCCAAGGACAUGCUGAUCCUGGUGGAUGCGAGUGGCAGCGUUUCGGGUUACACCCUCAAACUCAUCCGCACGUCUGUCAGCAAGAUGCUGGAGACCCUCUCUGAUGACGACUACGUGAACGUGGUCUAUUUCAAUGACAAGGCCUCGUACGCGGCGUGCUUCGAGAACCUGGUGCAGGCCAACGUCCGCAACAAGAGGAUGCUGAAAGACGCCGUGCAGAGCAUCACAGCCAAGGGUAUCACCAACUACAGAGGCGGUUUCGAGCUGGCCUUCGAGCAGCUUGCGCAGGUGAAUGUGUCAAGGGCCAACUGUAACAAGAUUAUCAUGCUCUUCACCGACGGAGGGGAAGAGAGGGCGGAGGAGAUCUUUGAAAAAUACAACCCAAAGCAAGCGGUGCGCAUCUUUACAUUUUCAGUAGGUCAACACAACUAUGACAAAGGACCAAUACAGUGGAUGGCCUGCGCUAAUAAAGGGUAUUACUAUGAGAUCCCAUCUAUAGGUGCUAUCAGGAUCAACACUCAGGAGUACCUGGAUGUUCUGGGCAGGCCUAUGGUGAAGGCUGACAGAAGGGCCAAGCAGGUUCAGUGGACCAACGUCUACCUGGACGCACUGGAGCUUGGCCUGGUGAUCACUGGCACCCUGCCUGUCUUCAACAAGACAAACACAGGCUCAAAGAAAUCUCAAAACCCGCUCAUCUUGGGGGUCAUGGCGAUUGAUGUCUCCCUGGAUGAUAUCAAGAGACUGACGCCUCGCUUUACUUUUGGACCAAAUGGCUACUACUUUGCCAUUGACCCCAACGGAUAUGUGCUGCUCCACCCUAAUCUCCAGCCACUGACUGCCAAGUUCCAUGAACCUGUAACGCUGGACUUCCUGGAUGCAGAGCUGGAGAACGAGAUCAAAGUGGAGAUGAGGAAAAAAAUGAUUGAUGGUGAAACAGGAAAUUACACAAUAUCUACACUGGUGAAAUCCCAAGAUGAGCGCUACAUUGACUUGGGUCAGAGGAUGUACACGUUUGCACCAGUGAAGGGGACAGAUUACAGUCUGGCCCUGGUGCUCCCCGACUACAGUAUGCAUUACAUCAAGGCAAAAAUCGCCGACACGAUCACCCAGGCAAAAUCGUUUUUGGGCAAGAGUGUUUCUGAAAGCCUGAUGGCGGACAAGUUUGAUGAAUAUGGCUAUACGUUUAUCGCACCAAGGAUGUACUGCAAGGACUUGAAACCACCUGACAAGAACAAGAACAACACAGAGUUCCUCAUUGAGUUCAACAAUUACAUCGACACAAAGACUCCAAACAACCCCAUGUGUAAUGUGGAGCUGGUGAACAGACUGCUCUUGGAUGCUGGCAUCACUUCAUCUCUGAUCAGGCAUUGGAAGGCAACGGAAGCGCAGCAUGGUGUUGUGGCCAGAUUUGUUGCCACAGAUGGAGGGAUCACACGGGUCUACCCAAAAAGUGCUGGGCUGUCCUGGGAAGAAGAAGCAGAAACCUAUGAGUCGAGUUUCUAUAAGAGAAGUUUGGACAAUGAUCUGUACAUCUUCACUCCGACACCGUACAGCAAUAAAGAGAACGAAAGUGACGACUCAGUCCUGGUGAGCAGAGCGGUAAACCUCGACAUUGAUGGUAUCAUACUCAAACCAGCUGUGGUCGGCGUGAAGCUGGACAUUAGCGCCUGGAUGGCGAGCUUCAUCAACACCACACAGAAGAUCAAUUGCAAUGAUGAGAUCUGUGGCUGUCAGCGAAACGAUGUGUAUGUAGACUGCGUCAUCCUGGAUGAUGGGGGCUUCCUGGUGAUGUCCAAUCGGGAUGAACAUCUUGAUCAGAUUGGGCGUUUCUUUGGCGGUAUCGACCCGAUCCUCAUGAUAAACCUGGUCAACUCAUCAUUGUUCACCUUUAAGAAGACCUUCGACUACCAGUCGCUCUGUGACCCCGAGAAAGAGAGCAAGGCGGCUGCAGGCCUGCGAUCCGUCUACGUGCCCACAAUCGCAGAUAUUUUGAAUUUAGGAUGGUGGGUGACAGCUGCAGCCUGGUCAAUACUGCAACAGUUACUGGUCAGCAUCACAUUCCCCAAUUUCCUGGACGCAGCCGAGAUGGAUGAUGAAAUGUCAGAUGCCAUGCUCAAAGAGGUCUGCAUCACAGAGCAAACUCAAUACUACUUUGAGACCAACAACCUGUCGUUCAAAGGCACAAUCGACUGUGAAAACUGCACCAGGCUCUACCAUGCUGAAAAGCUGCCCAAGACAAACCUGGUCUUUAUCAUUUCUGAUGCAAAACUCACCUGCUCAUCCUGUGACACCAAGCCGUUAAUACAGGACGAACAGCAGUCUACUGGUCCUGAUCCAUGUGAACUGGCUCAAAACCCUCGGUACAGGAAAGGGCCCGCGGUCUGUUUUGAUAACAAUGAACACGAGGAGGACCCUGACUGUGGCGGGGCGUCCAGCCUGAGCCCCUCGCUGUGGCUGAUGGUGGCCCUUCAGCUGGCUCUGCUCUGGGUUUUGACUGGCUCCAGACCCCACGCCAUCCCAUCAUGACCUCUGAACACCCUGAUCACCCCCUCUGUCUCUCCCUAUCUCUCUCUCUGUUAUCUCCAAAACGGCAACCAGCAUGCAACGCUGCCACUGAAAUGACGAACGCCCGAUGAGAAGAGCUUGUGACAAACAAACAAAAACCUGUGAGCCCCCUACAUCCUGCCAGUUUCUCCUUUUGAUACCUUCAUUUUCGGGGGUUUCUCAAAGCGAUUUCACCCGCUGCAAGGGUACAAGUGACAACAGAAAUGUUUUAUUGGAAGAUAUGGGUUGAAAGAUAAGAAAGAACUCAACCUACGCCUAUCCUUCAUCUCUUCAACGCUCCCCGCCAGCUGAGAUUAGAGGAAUCCAGAGAUUAAUUUUGAUUGGCGACUUCUGAACUUUCUCUGGCUUGAUGUCAUUGAUGAAAGAGAUCGGACUGCCUUAUAGUAUUAGAGGGAUUUAAAUCACCAUGGAGUGGGAGGGGUAGGGGGGGGGACUUGCUGUUUAUUAAUAUUGAGCAGUUUUAUUCACCACUGCCAGAAACAGCGCUGCCUUUUGCAAGCGUGCAGUUUAUUUUGAAUCAAUUUGCGGUGGUUAGUUUUUAGGUAUUUAUUGCUUUGUGGUUGAGAAUUCGGCUAGGAUUGCAGUACGAGAUGCCAAAUUGUUACAUCACAACCUCAUGCCCUUCGUUUGCCUCCGUUGGGUUGCUGAAAAUAAUGUUGUCUCAGUCUGAUUUUCUAGAUAGCACUACGCAGAACAUUUUCACAGUGUCUCUGGGGGUUCGAAAGAUGUCUCUUACUUUCACCCCAGUGUUCUCUCAUGUACAGUAGAUACUGUAUUUGCAGUGUGGAAAUCAUUGUUCAUUGUUAUGUUUAUGCUCAGAAACCAACCCUUCAACUGCCACAGAGGGCCUGCUGCUGAGUGUCGCUGAUCAUUUAAUCAUCAGCCGCGAUCGAGAGUAGUAAAUUAUCUAGAUUUUCCGACUUGAUUGCUCCAAUGAAAACUUUGUUGCCAUAGUGCGUAUUAACCAAUCAGGGUGAGCCUGGCUGGUCUCCUAUGCAUGCUCGGUGGACAGAAUCUCUUUAGUGCCAUGUGGACUGUGUGACUCAGAUGAACGCUUCAGCUUUGCAGACUGUGGCUACUGAAUGGAAAGAGUAUUUAUUUGUUUUACUAUUUAUUUGACUGAGGCGACAGGACGGCGUGCUACUGUUUCUUUUAUCGCCACCAGGAGGGAAAACGAAUGAGGGGGAUGUGAGAGUUUUUAUUUGACGGUACAUUUUAUUUGCUGCUGUCACUUUUUAAAAUUAUAUGACUACUAUCUGCACUGCGAUUCAAAGUGCAGCUAUUAUUUGUCUUCACAGUUUGAACCUCUAUCUCGAUGUGGUCGCGAGGUUCCCUCUUGCAGUUUAUUACACUGUGGUAUGUUAUCACCCCGCAGAAAUCACUUGGCUUGUGAUCCUCUCUACUGCUGUAUUUCAUUUCCUCCAAUAUAAGUUCAUCUUGUUUCAUUUUGUGUGCCUUCUUUUCCAUUAGUUACAAAUAUAAAACACGCCGAACGUAUCCGUGAUAGUAAACAGAUGGCACCGUAGGUGGUUUUACUGAUAGUGUCAUCUUGUUCGAGCGCAGCGCAGUAAAAUUGUCAGAUUUAAUAAGAAAUGCACUCAUCAGAGAUCUGCCAAAAUAAUGAAUAACAAAUCUCGCAGGACCAAAUCCAAACUUGCAAUGCGGUACUAAUUAUAGAUCAGAAAAAAAAAAUUAAUUUCAGGAUGAAAAUCCAUGUUAAAGUGCUUUGUUUUUUGGGGUGUUAAUUUAUGUUUUCAUACAAUAUUAAAGAUUAAAAGACAUAAAUUCAGCCAGGCAGGAAAUAGUAUAUCAGGAAGCGUGAGAUUGUUGUAAACUUGAUGGUUUGUUCGUCGCUGCUGUCAAUGACUACGUUUACAUGCACAAAAUAUUCCACUUUUUGCCCUUUUCCCAAAAAAGACAUGGGCCUCGUUGCAAAAUUAACAUUGGAUUCAUGACACAUUUACACCAGACCAUUUUGUUCUUUCCACUAUGUGUAUCUUAGUGACUCAGAGUUAUCCUCAAUUGACAGGCACGUGUAUGAGCACACUGCCACGCCCCCUCUAUCUCAGGACAUACGUUUGCCCAGAGGUGUAUCUUACAGAGGGCGCUGAAGUUGUUUCUGUGCACGUAUGAAAGCCCUUAAACACCAGUUUGGGGCCGCCGAUGAGAAAGGUGAAAAAGUUAAUUAGCCGUUUGUCACUCUCUUCAAACAUGUUUUAUCAUGUCUCUGAUGCGCUCUCUCCUGAAGGUAUAGACUACAAUAUCUUCCAGCAAGGUUAGAUAUGCUGUCUUAACACCUGCUUGGAGGUACAUCAGAAUCUUUUAUAUACCCUAGAUGCCUCUUAAUAAUAAUAAUAAUCAUAAUUUUGUGGCACAAAAAAUUGGUGGGAGUAGCCAUCAUCAAAGGCAGAGUCAAUGAAGCUACGUCUGGGACACUCAGUAUUUAGUUAUGAGGAUGUAAAGACGUCAAAUAAGUAUAUAAUAUUAAUGGUUUUAAAUAUUGACAGCACGGUGGUGCAGCACAUGGGUUCGAAACCAGGGUGGGGGAGCCCUUCUGUGUGGAGCUUGCAUGUUCUCCUCGUGUCAGCGUGGAUUUUCUCUAGGUACUCCGGCUUCCUCCCACAGUCCAAAGACAUGCAGGUUAAUUGGUGACUCUAAAUUGCCCAUAGGUGUGAAUGUGAAUGGUUGUCUGUCUCUCUGUGUCAGCCCUGUGAUAGUCUGUCCAGGGUGUACCCUGCCUCUCACCCAAUGUCAGCUGGGAUAGGCUCCAGCCCUCUCGUGACUCCCAACAGGAAAAGUGGCUACGGAAAAUGAAUGAAUGAAUUCAAUGAAUGGUUUCAAAUAUUGUUUGUUAAAGCUUUUACAUUACAACAGGGACUUUAUUGGUUGUGCGUACGCAGGGCCUGUGGCACAUCAAAAUUUGUUUGCAGAGUUUGAACAAAUUCAGGUAAGAAAAUAUUGAUGAAUCCCAGAUUUGUGUGUAAAACAUUCUUAAGUACGGUUUAAAGGGGAUAGAUAUAGGAUUCAUACUUCCCGGCCAGUAGGUGUCGCACUCACACUCACCCUCUUCAAUUCUACAGGUUGCCACGUAUUUUCGGCCUGUAAAAAUUUCCUAAACAUUUAUUUCUCUACUGUAAUUAUUUUUUUCAGGAAAAUAUAGACUUUAAUUCUACACCUUUCUGGACGUGUUGUGGAUGUGUUAUUUUUGAAAAAAUAUUCGUUUUUGAUGAAACAGCUAUACAUAUGACCUUUAAGUGUGGAUUUGUACGUACGCAAUGUUUGUGAAUGAGGCCUGAUAUUCCUACUAAGCUGUUUACAAGGCUAAUGAAAAUGAAUAUCCCACUCAUAUCCACAUUUACAUGCAGCUGUGCAUAUUUUCUCAGAGUUUUCCACCAGUGGCAGAUUUCUUUGACCACGUGAACAUAGCUGGGGUUGCAACGUUUCCACAAAAACCUGCAUAAAACCUGAUAACCAAGUCUUUCAUGAUGAUUUAAAGUAGGUGCAUUUCUCCUUUUGACCAGAAAUGUGAGCUUGUCUUCUUGGCAUGCAUCACUACCCCAAAGCCUUCUAAACUAUUGGCAAUUUGGUUUGUGCACAAUGAAUCCAUAACAACACACUGAGCUGAACAUAAACGGGCAAUAGACAGUGUGUAGCAAACUGACGUAAAAACCCCAAUAUUCCGAUCAUUUGGAAUCCUACAUUCAGAAUAUCCAAACGGAAAAUGCUGUUUAUAUGACCUGUAUGAACUUCAGAAUUUUGUCGUAUUCCAGAUAACAGUGGAAUAAUGUGCAUGUAAACGUAGUCAAUGAGCAGCCCUACAAUUUUAUCAUGGUUUAGGUGUCUGUUGGUUCCAGGUAUGAAAUGACAAUCCCAGGUUAUAUUAGUAACCAUUACAUUACAACAGUUAAGUGAUAUCAGAUACUUUAAGGACACACUCCAUUGUUUUACUGCCUAAUAGCACCCCUAAAUAAAUAGAAGAACUAAUUGGGGGGCGGCAUUAAUUACACCACGAAAACAAAACCAGAGAGUGAAUCUUUUAUAAGUGUGUAAACUAUAAACAAUGGCGCAUGUUUGCAGGAAACUACUUAAUGUUGUGGGGAACUGAAAACCACAAGUUAAACUGUGUGCACCACAUUACCACUAACAUUUGUCUCUUCACAGUUGUUUUAAUUGCCGUUGCAUCAUACUGGAUAAUGUCAGUUUUAAUGUUGUAUGCAUUCCUCCGAGCCCGAUCAAGGAGUGCUAAGUUUAUCCGUCUCAUUGGUUUGAUAAUACCCCCAUUAUUAAACCACCGCCAGCGCCAUCAGCGUCAGGAACUUAUCCAAGUGGUCUGUGGUGCACUUUUCUCUCUCAAUGUUUUCCUCUAUCUUAAACUAUAACCUUCCAACAAAAACAAUGUGGUGAAACUAACAAUGGUAUUUAUGCUCCUUAUUUACUAACACUCAAGAAUAUCAAGUGCCAUAUGGGACUCUCUUAUUCUCUUGUGGAGAAACCUAUUAUCUUAAUACAAUAUUUAUGCAAUUUACCAAGGCAACAUGUAAGUCUCAUAAAUUGUUUCCCUGUGCUGCAUGAUAGUGGCUUACAAAUUGAGUUUCAAAAGAAAAAAACAUAUCCGGUGUGCUCCUGCUUUAGUGUGUAGUGUUCGGAAGCAAAAUAUUCUGAGUGUCAGGCAUUUGUUCAUGAUAUGAUAAGGUAUGAUCAGCUAUUACUGCCUUUCUCUUGGGGGGACAGCAUUUGGCUCCGCCCUGGUCUGAGUCAGCUGGGAAGGAGAAUCUGAUUGGCCAGCGGGAUGUUUGAAUGCACUACUCAAUCUGUCUGAUUGGUUCAAGCCAUGUAUGAAUCACUAUUAUUUAAGGACCCUACCAGUGAUUUAGCAAGUUUAGACCAGUGACUACGAAUCAGAAAUACCUAUUACUGCAGAGUAUUUCGCAAACUAGUUGUAGUGUUUCAGAUUUUCAGCCAGGUUAGUGACUUUGGCAGGUCCCCAGGAAGAGAGCUGGACUUUUACCAAUUUGCCAAAGUGUACAAACUAUGUAACUACAACUUCCAGGUCCAUCAUGUGAUGGCAUUAGCCCAAAAAACACAGUGGUUUCCAACUGGUGGGUCACGGACCAAAAGUGGGUUGUGGGUCCAUUCUGAAUGGGCCGUAGGUAAAUCACAAGAGUGUCAAGUCUGCUUUUAUUUUGAAGUGCCGUUUCCUGCUGUAGAGUGAGUGACUAACGGACAGCUACUUGACAGAGACAGCAAAAUAGCUUGACGACAUGGCCAAGCGCAAGUAUGUUAAAUUGCGCUGACCUUGAAUGAAUGACAAAGGAGAACUCUGGACCCCAUGGCUGGACCAGUUGGGAAGCACAGAUCUAGAUCAGUGGAUACAUUUUUUGAGCAUCACAACAUCCAUUUGAUCAGAUAACAUUUCGAAGGUCUAUAAAAGUCGCACAAUUAAAUCGUUUUAUCGCCAUUCAAGUUAGCAGAAGGCUAAAAGGAGGAUAGCCGCUCAGCUGGCUAAAGUCUCUAGGACGCUUGCUCUAUGGGUCCUAUGAUGCGGAAGAUCUGGGUAAUUUUAUACUCGGGACGUCUAACAUUUUUAGCUUCAUGCGCCACUGAGCAACUUUCAUAGGAAUGACCAGGCGCGUCUCAGUCGCUGUAACCAGUUUUCUACAUCCAUGGGCUCUAGUCGGUCCAUUGAUUUGGUCCAGGCUGAACUCAUCAGCUAUCGUAAGGACUGCCAUGAAAUCUUGUACAGACGUUCAUGUUUCUCAGAUUGGCCCCCUGAAUCUAACGCAACCAGGUUAACUUUUGUGUCUUAACAGCUAUUGGAUUCAACGCCAUAAAAUUUGUAUGAAUUGUGAUCACUCCUAUGGUCCCCAUACUUUUCAUCUAGCGCCAUCAUCAGGGCAAAAGGCAGAAAGACGAACCUCUCCCGAAAAUUUUAGUGAGGAAUGAAAGUUUCGGACUCGAUGUGCAAACUCGGUGAGCAGACUCGGGGAAGUACGUAGGCAUGUUUGAAGAGUCUGCUGAUUGAUUUUUAAGCUGUACAGAAAUUAAUGGAAAACAAUGGCAGCUUGAAAAGAAAGAAAAUGCCUUAUAUAUGAUAGAUAUGGGGAAAAGUGGAAAUGGUCAGCAGUAAUAGGCUUUGAAAUAUUCAUGAGUCACUGUAUUGCAAAAACACUGGUAUGGUCCUUUAAAUCACUUGAGGCAGAGAUGUACACUGUACGGACAUGAAGUGAGUGAUGAUACACACCACCUACUCCAACUGGAUGCUUUUAGAAAUGCACAGUUAACAUGCAUUGUUGUCCAGAUGUUCCAUUCUACUCUUAAGUGCUAAAAAUCAGAUGCUGUCACUUCAGGAAUAAUAUACUCUCGAUGUGAUAUGAAGUGUUUUUGACUCUGUUGGUGCUCUCUGUAUGGAUCGUGUGGGUUGGCCCUUUUUAUUUCUGGAAUCUUGAGGAUUGCUUAAUGUGUGUUUUCUUUUUCUUUGUGUCUGUUACCUUGCUGCCACUCCUUGGCAGACGAAUGGUGGGCCUGUCAGUCAAUCUUUCUCUGCCUUCGGUUUUAAGGCAGGCUCUUGAUGGAGGCGUCCACCACGUCGCCCCUCGCCAGACUCGGCUUUGGGAGGGCCUCAGUGGGCCCCUCUGUCAGGCUCCCUCGAUUGUGCUUUAACAUGUUAACACUUUAGAGGAAGUUGAUUCUCCAGAAUCAGUCGUGUAAAAAUUUGUACAAAACUGAUGUUGUUCUCAACAAAAAGAAAAAAGAGCAAUGUUUAUAAUCCUGGGGAGGAAAAAACGUGUUUAUUCAUGUGCAAAUAAGGUAUAUUCAGAAUAAAAGUUUAUGA